GGUAAACCAUGUACAGAAGGCAAGGAUGGUAACAAAUGCACUUACCUCAACUGCGUAGCGAAGAAAUGGGGGCAAAAUAGGAAUAACCUACCACCCGGGAACAUGAUUGGUUCCUCCGGCUGGAUCUUAGGGGGCCUCCUAAAAAGCAUGGAGGAGAAGCAGGAUGACGUUGCUACAUACUGCAACCUCGACACCAGCAGCACCACCUGGGGCAGUGACGCCCACGGGAAGGCAAACGAAACCGCAUGCAAACUUGUUGCAGCGGGGCUGCAACAUAUUUCGAGUAUUCAAGAUACAUAUAUACCGAAGAACAGUACGAAUAAUAACCCUUAUGAUAACCAAGAGUAUAAACAAUUAGUUGCUUGUUUAGCGUUAGGUGCCGUCGUAGAGGAAAUGAAGAAGAGGAGUAUAAUUUGCGAUAUAUCGGAAGGGAUAAAUAAAGCAUUUAAAUCAGUGGAGGCCAUUAAAGAGGAUAAAUGCAGGAAUGGUAAACCUUGCAUUGUCUGCAGUUUGGAGGACUAUGACAUACUUAAAGAAUGCCAAACUGGCAGCGGCCAAAAGAACAAAGUAAAGGACAAAUUGGAUUCAUUGCUCACAGGAGAGAAGAAGAACGAAGUAAAUUCCACCCUCCAAGCAAUAACUAAAACAGACGGAAAUACAGGUUCUCUAUGUUCUCGCCUCCAAUGUUUAGCAUCGAAGGUACAAGCACUCACUACCUCUCAGGGACCAUCCAGCAACAGUGCG